GCGUUUAGUGUUCUGGGAGACAGAGUUUAUUUUGGUGCCGAGGUUUUGCAUACUGAUGAGCAGCUCCUGUGCCCACAGCACCGUAGGAGACUGGGAGUGUGAGUAGGCUAUGCGAGUCCUUGAGCUUUCCAGCAAGGAGAAGAUGAAAUGGAGAAAGUGGUAUCUGGAGUCUUAUUUGAUUCAAUAAGAGUAAAGACUGUGUCGAUACCAGAGGAGAUGCUUUGAUCACAUUAAGAGAUUGUGUGGUACUGAUUCACCCUCCGAAAAAAAGGUAAAAACGAGCCACUGAAGAAGGCAUGUGGUGGAUAUUAUGGCUUACAGCCGGCAUAAGCCCCUCUGGAGCCAACAGCUGGCCGCCUCAUGCCGUCCUGUAGCUGGGCCCUCUCUGCCUGAGCUCCAUGCACUUCACGCAUCAUACCUUUUGACUUCAUGAAAAUCCCUGACAUCGGUGAUGUAAUGAAUAAAUUUGAAGUCCUUGGGAUUGUGGGUGAAGGUGCCUAUGGUGUUGUUUUGAAGUGCCGACACAAGGACACCAAUGAAAUUGUGGCCAUUAAGAAAUUCAAGGACAGUGAAGAAAAUGAGGAGGUUAAAGAAACAACGCUACGGGAACUUAAGAUGCUCCGCACUCUCAAGCAGGAGAAUAUUGUUGAGCUUAAAGAGGCUUUCCGCCGAAGAGGAAAGCUAUAUCUUGUCUUUGAGUAUGUGGAGAAGAACAUGCUCGAGCUGCUUGAGGAGUUACCCAACGGUGUACCCACUGACAAAGCACGCAGCUACAUCUACCAGUUAAUCAGAGCAAUUCACUGGUGCCAUAAGCAUGACAUAGUUCAUCGAGACAUAAAGCCAGAAAACCUUCUCAUCAGCUCUGAUGACGUCCUCAAGUUAUGUGACUUUGGCUUUGCACGUAAUCUCUCUGAGGGGACUGAUGCCAAUUACACCGAGUAUGUGGCCACUAGAUGGUACCGCUCUCCAGAGCUCCUACUUGGGGCUCCUUACGGGAAGGCAGUGGACAUGUGGUCAGUGGGCUGCAUCUUAGGAGAGCUGAGUGACGGGCAGCCUCUGUUCCCUGGAGAGAGUGAGAUCGACCAGCUCUUUACCAUCCAGAAAGUGUUGGGACCCCUGCCACCGGAACAGAUGAAGCUCUUCUAUAACAACCCUCGCUUCCAUGGGCUGCGGUUCCCUGCUGUGAACCACCCCCAAACCUUGGAGCGAAGAUACCUGGGAAUCAUUGGCGGAGCCCUGCUGGACUUGCUAAAGAACCUGCUACUGCUGAACCCGACGGAGCGCUUUCUCACAGAGCAGAGCCUGAACCACCACGCCUUCCAGACCCUGAGGCUCGUGGAGCGACCUGGCCCACCCACACCUACACCUGUACGCUCCUCCAAGAGAAAACCUCACCAUGGAGACAACACCACCCCCAGCAGGAGCCAUGGGGGAAAGAGCUCAGGAAGCCACCGCUCCAGCAGCAGAGAGUGCUCUAGUUUGCCCCGGCACGAAGACCUCCACCCCAACAACGAUGGCUUUCUCAACGGCAACAUGCCUGCAGCGAUCAACCUCAGUCCCACCCUGCAUCCCAAGAACUACCAGCCACAGAUCUUCAACCACUCCACCUCGUGCAACAUGGACCUGGCCAGCAGCAACCUGCCUCAUCUGCUCAGCCCUGGCGAAGCCAAGAGCAAGGGCGACUUUGAGAUGAACCUGGGCUCCAAGGCGUCCGACGGCCCGGGAGCCAAGUACCUCAAAUCCAACUUUCGCUCACAGCAGAACCGCCAUUCUUUUGUGGAGGGGAAGACCAACACGCUUCAAUCGGGGGACAAACACAGUCGACACAGCUACAUGGAGUCCCACAGCUCCACACCAUCCUCCUCCAAGUUCGCCUACCUUAACUUGUCCAAGAGUUAUGGCACGCUUAGUGAUGCCAAGUCAGUGGGGAACUUAAACGAUGUGCAUCUUUAUGCUGAUGAACCGACAUCUCGCUAUUUUCCCUCGAGCUGCCUUGACCUCACGGCUCCGAGUAGCCCAGCACCCCGUCGAGUGGACAGACUGGGACCCGGCACAGCUGGCAGAGGAAGCAUGCGCUCAGAGAGAGAGAGCAACACCUUGGACUCGUCCUACAGGCGCUCCUCCACCCGCCACAAGGUCUCAGAGGAGGCCAAGUCGCCAGAUGCCCUGGACCCUGGGGAAAGUGGCGUUGAAAGGAGCCAUGCUCACUCUCUGUCCGCUCCACAUGACCCUGUGUCUUACGGUCAGGGAUACACCAGCCCCUUCUCCUCCCAGCAGCGGCCGCACCGCCACUCCAUGUACGUACGAAGGGACCACCAGAGGACACAUGGAGCGGAGGAGGGGCUGGUGGUGGGCCAGGGCAUGCCCACCAGAGCCAGCAGCCUCCAGCUCCUGUCUCCACAGCUGCAGCACCGCACGCUGCCUCGCCACUCUGGGGGCUCUUCCAGAGAGGAAGACAUGAGCAGGAGCGAACAGGCACCCACUGAGGUCACCCACAGCAGACCCCCAAUAAGGGACUCCACAAGGGACAACACAGCAUCUUUUCACACACAGCGGCAAAAAAGCGAGGUUGGCUUAUAUCAUGACCAGCAAACAGAAGAUGGCGGCUCUUCCAAAGAGAACCGCAACAUCUACAGUGAAUCCAUGCCGAGGAGGGUGGGCAGCUUCUACAGAGUCCCUUCUCCCCGGCCAGACAACUCCUUCCAUGACAGCAGGGGUCAGAGCCGGGGCCCUGACGGCAGCAGUAUGACCAACCACUCCAAACGCCAGCCAGCAUUUGACCCCUGGACUGGCCCAGAUACUGUAGUGCUGAACUCCUCUGAGCCAUCCAAAGAAAAGGAGAAGCAGGGUUUCUUCAGAGCAAUAAAGAAGAAAAAGAAAAAAUCACAAAUGAUGCAAGUCCCUGAGGGAAGGCCUCCUGUCAUCAAGAAAUGUCUUUUCCCUCUGUUUAGCCCAAAGAAUAACAAAAAGCAUAGUUCCUCUGUGAGAGUCCUCCCUGUAGUGUCCUCUCCCAUGGUUCCUAAUGAUGGGGUGGAAACAGUCAUCCAGAAGUCCUCCAGGUCCUCAAGUCAUCAGAGCAGCCGCCACAGGACCCGCGACAAGAGCAGAGACCGGGACCAAGACCGAGACAGGGACAAGGACUGGCCACCUGAGAAACUGUCUGAUUCACACUCUCCAAGUCAACCACUGAAGUCUCUGCGCAAACUCCUGCACCUUUCAUCCUCGUCCUCCAACCAGACCGCACAGUCUGACAUGCGCUACCAGCCGCUGCCUAAUCAGGCCUCCGCUCAAGGUGGUUUCACAGAAAGCCGAGGUCACUCAGGGGUCAGUACGCCCCAGCUGAAGAGCCGACAGACAGCCUACCCGCUGCCCGGACAGCUGGAGUCUGGAUGGCACUCGUCUGCUCUGGGCCGCCCUGAGGGCAACCCCUACCCGGAGCAAAUGAGCAUCAAAGGAGGCCAGAACGGGCACGGCUUCGGACGCCCCUCCAGGUCUCGUAUGCCAAACCUCAACGACCUGAAAGAGACGGCUCUGUGAUCCCCGUCACCCUACAGCUCUCAGAUCCACUUCAGACUCCUCCGUCUCCCCUCUGUUGCUCCUACACUUCCCUUGCGUAACAGUGCACCUGCUGACUACACACACACACAUGAACACAGAUACCAAACCUUUAGUUUUAAACACUGCUUGCAAACGGGCCAAAAGCCUUUUUAUGUCUUCAUUUUUUUAAAGCUUCCAUGUUUGAUAGACUUUAUAUUAUUACUUCUGUAAUUCUGAUUAUAAUUUGUAUUAUAAAGUAAAUAUAUUACAAAUUAAAUAUAUAUAUACAUAUAUAUAUAUAUAUAUAAAUGGAUAGAUGAAGUGUAGAUUUUAAGUGUAAGUAUUUUUGUUUCUAUUCAAUAUAGAAAUAUAGUACAUUUUACUGCGUAGUAUUUCCUUAAGACUAUUUAAGGCAUUCUAAACAAAUAAAGUUUUAUCAGUUGUUACAAUGGAGAUUGGUAAUGUCAGUAACUUUGCAGUGUGCUCAUCUCACCCAGGAUUGUAACUCUUCGUCCAGGCUGUCCUGCUUCUGAAUGUGCUCUGUCAUACUGGUUACAGAUGCUCAAAAUGUGCAACUGCAAGUCAAAGCAGUUUUGUUCUUGAAAAUAUAGCUGUAGUGCAAAUUUUUCUGAGUUGGCACUGACAAUCUUUCAGGCUUAAAUCUAUUUGUUCUUUUUUUUUUUUUUUGAUAUUUAGGUUUUUAUGUCUUUUUGUAAUGCAGCCAUUUUAGACACUAUGGUGCCAUAAACUGACAGAAAUCCUAACCUACAUCGCCCUCUGUAGGAGACAAUGAAGCACUGCAUCUACUGUUUUCAAACUACCAUGCACUAACUAAUGUUUAGGCACUGACUUUUUACACAUAAUAUGUGUAAAUCAUCAUUUUCAUAUAUAUUUUAAACAAAUGGUAUACAAUAAAAAAUAUGGUUGCACCUCAAUCAUUUAAAAUAGAACACAUGUACUAGUUGUUCCUUGUACAGACUAUACUGAUGAUCCUUUUGGUAGUAAUGUAAUCUAAAAUUAUUUACUGAAAUGUCUAUGUAAAUGUGUUGAAGCAACCUUAUGGAUUACUUAUACAGUAGUUAUCUUGAUUCUUCGAGGAACUAGUUAAUGGCAAAAGACAUCUGAAGUUGAUACUGAGGGAUGUCAUUGUCUCUGAUAACUUCCCUCACUGUCAAGGAAGUCUGUUCGUUUUUCAUUUCUGACUUAAAGAUUUAACAUAAGCAUGUCCAAGUGACUUUACUUGUUUAAUCAGUUAAAUAAUGUAUGAACGCAUCCAAAAUAUUAUAUAAAGUUUAACCGCUCUAAAAAUUUGAUUUGUACAUGAAUUGUUGCAAAUUGUUGUUGUCCUUUUUUUAAAAAAAAAAAAUCCCUAUUCAUUGUUAUAAAGUAAUUUUUACAGCAGCUAGACGAACACAAAAGCCAUUCUGGGUGUAAAAGUACAGUGGUUCCCAGCCUUUAGCCCUGUCAGAUGAAGUCAAACAAUCAUCCCUUCACCACACCACCAAUUUUAGCUAUUUCAGCCAUUUCUACCACUACUUUGUGUUAAGUAGUUCAACUGUAACCAUUUGUUAUAGCUUUUUCACCAAUCUUCUGUUACAUCUAUGCUAGCUUACUAUUACUUACUAUUAGCACUGUUGGUUUUAUCUAACUAAUUAAACCAUCUUUAGCUAACUACAAUUUAUCUAUUACAUUUUGCCAUUUCAACCAUUUACCCAGUAAUUCAAGCUAUUUUAACUGUUUAUCAAAAUACAUUUCACUUUUUCAACUGUUUAUUACUUUUACCGUGAUUUCAACGCUAUUUCCACCGUUUUGGCUCAACUAAGCUAUACGCUAGCGAGCUAACUAUUACUACAAUUUUAACCAUUUCCCGAAUACUUUUAGAUAUUUCAACUGUUUAUCCAUUUCACCAAUUCAUUACUUUUGUAUUAGCUCACUUUUUAAACAUUACGUUAAGCUAACUAUUUAAACCAUUUGUCAAUCGCUUUUAGUUAACUGUUUAGAUUACUACUUGCUAGCUUCUCAUUCAAUCUUAAUGACCACAUGUUAUCAAGGCCCAAACUUUCACAAAGUAAUUACUUUUUAAAUAGUUCAAAACAGUCAAAAUAAUGAGUUCCAGAAAACUAACCAUUGUUUUGAUUGAAGUCACUAACUGGCUAACUAAAAUGUAUCUAUUACAUUUUGCCAUUUCAAACAAUUACCAAAUUAUUCAAGCUAUUUAAGUGUUUAUCUAAAUACAGUUUACUUUUUGAACUGUUUAUUUAUUUAUUGCUUUUCCCAACAUUUUGUCUCGACUUAGCUAUAUGCUAGCGAGUUAACUAUUGCUACUACUAUGCUACUGCAAUUUUAACCACUUCCCCAAUACUUUUAGAUAUUCCAACUGUUUAUCCAUUUGUUUUCACCAGUUCAUUAUUUUUGCUCCCGCUCACUUGUUAAACAUUACGUUAAACUAACUAUUUAAACCAUUCGUCAGUCGCUUUUAGUUUACUUUUUAGAUUGCUACUUGCUAGCUUCUCAUUCAGUCUCAAAGUUCACAUGUUAUGGAGGCCCAAACUUUUACAAAAUAAUUACUUAACCCUCCUGUUAUGUUCGUUUCUCAGGAACAGCAAUAAUGUUCAUGUCAAUUUGACCCAGGGCAUGUUUAAUUAUCUAAAAGUGUCAAAAACCAAAAAAUCCCAGUAAACAUUAUUUAUAUUUCAUCAUAGCUUCACUUACCAUCUCAUCAGUGUUUGGUGUUCUUGACCUCUCACAGAUCAUGGUUCAAUGAGGAUAAUUCAGUAGUUUUUCUUUUUUUAAAAAUGCAUGUUCAAACGUUUUUUUAUGUACAUUGGAAAAACCUACAUACACUAGUUUUACAUGACAUUGAUAUGUGAAAUGAACCAUUUUAAUUUUAUAUGUUGAUAACACUUAUCAAGCCAAGCAGAAGAAGUUUUAUUUCCCAAAAAUACUUUUUUAAUCCAAUUUUUUUUUUUUAGAUCUUUAAACUUUUACAUGGGUCAAUUUGACGGCAACAUAAGAGGAGGGUUAAUAGCUUAAAAAAUAAUUCAAAACAUUCUCAAAAUAAUGAGUUUCAGAAAACUAAUCAUUAUUUUGAUGUAAGCCUACUAAGUCAAUAACUACUAGCCUACGUUUCUUUUUAUGAUGCAGGGUCUUUUUUUCUUUGUUUUCAUCUUAUUUUUUCUUUUACUGGUGUUAAUGGACUUCUAUACCAUGUUACUAAUGUCCAUUAAAAUCAGUUCUGCUACUCCGAAGUCUUUCUAUGUUAAUUACAAAUGCAGAAGUGCCACCAGGGCUACAUGAACCGCUGGUUGGGAAUCACUGUACUACUGUAUUUUUUAUCUGAUUACGCACACUGAGCCACUUGGGAGAAGCUUAUGAGAAAUCUUAACAUGGACCCACAGUGGGGGCAGAAGCUCUGCACUGUAACAUUGUUUUCUGUCUGAGAUAAAGUGCCAUGAAAGUAGCUUGGCAGAAAUAAAUCCUAAGCUUUGUAAUGUUGCACUUUUAAGAGACUGUAUGGCUCAGCAAUAUUGCCCUAACUCUGUAAAUUCUUCCUCACUUCAUGUUCAUCAUGUGCACAGUGUGUGAAGACUGAAACACGGGGCCUGAGGCUCCCACAGUAACAUGAGUCCCAACAUGACCGUAUCGUAUUGUGUAUUGUGCAUCUGUAAGGACCGUGCACACUCUGUACUUGACACAAUACAUUUUUCUCUUUGGAUUAUUGUUUUUGCUGAAGGAGCACCGUGUAUUAUAUUAAUACUGAUGUGUGACUACUUGUUUGGUAAUAUUUAUAACAGAAGAUGUUUAUCAACUGUUUAAAUGAAAUCAAGUAUUACAUUUGUGCUUUUAUUACAGACACAAAUUAGUAGCAUAGUCAGUGUUUAUCUGCUUUUUUUUUUCAACAGAGCAUUUACAUGAGAGCAUAAACCCACAAAUGAAUGCUUAACAAUUUUAGAAUAUUCAUGUUUACAUAUGUAACAGUAAAUCUCAAAUAAAACAUUUGAUUUGAAUCUUUA